AUGCCAGAUGAAUUCUUCUUCCUCAUUUCCACCCCGAGCAAAGACUGUCAGGAAGAACAUGAACGACAGGAUCAACGAGCGCGUGCCCACGCAGCUCGCAAGUCUCAUGCCAGACGCCGCUCAGAAGCCCCCUUAGCCGGUGGGAUGUGGGAAGCGCAAAUACCACCCAAGUCUACCCACCCCAAGUUCGCCAGAUUCAGGUUGGCGAUGGGCUCACAAAACUCGAUUCUGGACCAUCCUAGUACAAGCCUUGCUCCGAUCCCUAAACAUCAAUCAUUCUCGAAAACAAGGCUGGAUGGGGGCGAUGAUGACCCCUUCGAUACCUUUUCCGUUCGUCAUCUACCUCCAUACGUACUCUCCUUGCUCCAGACCGCAUCCCGGUAUAAGUGGUCAAGAGUACGACCAACCAUCCAAGAUGGGAGCGUGAAUCCGGUCGCAAAGGCAUGGAUGGGCGCCGCCAUCGAGUCCCCCGUCGCCCUGCACGCUUUAGCAUACGCGAUGCUGCGUACCAUCCUACUCGUUCGAAAAGACCCCGGACCGGAACGCAUAUUGCUGUUUCACCACUAUGCAGAAUGCCUCCGAAAUCUUAAACAAGAAAUCAAAAAUCUAGAGGAUGGAACACGAGCCCUCCCCACAGACCAUCUUAUCAUUGGGAUAGCAGCGUUGGCCGCGCACGCAGAGCCUUCAGGUGGAAAAUACUUGGCCAGCGGCUCAGAGAUCCCAUUAUCACCACUGGCCAACACACAGAAUCUCAAUGUCUAUGGAUCGGCGCGCGCGGAACCUGAACACCUACAGGCCCUCUAUCUGCUAGUCAGUGCAAAGGGGGGCCUUGAAAACAUCGCACUCAAUGGUUUAUCUGAUGUACUUGAGAUGUAUGAAGCAAUUUUCUGUUUAUUUAUCGCAAUUCUCCAAGAGGAGUCCCUGCUCACUGAUUGCUGGCAAAACAGUGUGGAUCUUGUUUUCGCCACCCGAGAACAUACGACGCCGAGAUUCCCCUGGAGCCACCCAACGAGUCUCUUAGACUUAGCCAACAGCUACGUGCCAGAUCAUCGGGCUCAGCAGAUGUUUCAGAAGCUGGGAAAAUGGUUUGACGAGAUUGAUGAAUUGCGAUGUUUGAAUGAUACUAUACGAUACGUGCGAGAUGUUGUGGUGGCCCUCGAUCAAUAUGACAGAAUGGGACGAAAUCCAACAAGUCUUCCCACCCUGCUCAGAGCCCGGAAUGCUGUGCAACAUCACUUGCUCAGCCUUCCAGCGGCCGAUUCAGGCUCCAUUUCGACUACAGGUGCUCGUGUCCAACGCUUCUUGUUUGAGAUUUGUCGUCUCGGGCUCCUGAUUUUCUCCAACAUGGCCCUGUUCCCUCUACCCAUAGAAUCUGGCGUGGCUGAUAGGUUACUUGGCAUGCUUCGCGAAAAUCUCUUGAAUGUCCCAAUCAUUGAAGGCGACAAUGUCUGGUCCGAAUAUCCCGCUUUGUUGACUUGGAUAGUUGUCCUGGGUGGAGUUGCUUCGACAUCCACUUCACAACGGCCCUGGUACGUCAACUACUUGGGCAAUAUAAUCUCUUCCGGAUAUACUCUGGACUGGCGGUCGUUGGAGGAGGACAUAUUAUCCAAAUUUAUCUGGUGGCCCUAUAUUUGCAGCCAACUGGGUGAGAGUAUCUGGACGGAAGCAUGUUCGACCUCACAGGUCCGGGGUAGCCUCUAUCCAGAUAGUCAGCAAGAAUGA